AUGUUAAAUGGAUUAACAGUUUUAUGUAAAACACAGUAUCAAUUUUCGCGUAAAGUUACUGUUAAAUAUACCAUUGAACGGGUGGAUGAAAAUGGUCAAAAAGAAUCAAGAUACAGUUUAUCAUCAGCUGGGGCUGCAAGUUCCUUAUUUCUAAACGAAAUAUGCAAUAAGCCUACUUCACGUGUUUUUGGUACAAUACUUUUCAGGUUUGACAUAAGUUUUCUGCAACAACUUCGUGAAACAAUUGCCCAACAAUCACCUAUUACACCAGCUAAUCGCAAACAACCCUUUAAUGAACUUACAUCAAGAUCACAAAAAAAUAAGCAAAUUUCAAUGGUUGGAAAAGAUAUUGCAGCACAAACUAUGAAAAUUCUUAAAGAAAAUAGAUUUACAUCUACAUCUGAAGAAAUUAUUACAACUGUUGAAUCAAUAAUACUUAGGAUUAAUGGUGAAAUUGUUGAAUUACAUUUUGAUUUUAAUAAUGCAGCUGAUGAUGACAUUAAAUAUUUAGAUUCAAUUGUUCGUGCAUGUGAUGAAACAUUAAUUUCACGUGAUGGGUAUCACAGAUUAGCACAAGCUAUUCCUAAUUUAACAAGAGAACAUUCAGCAAAAUAUAGUAAAGUAGAAUUUGAUGAUGAAAAAGUGGGAAAUGGUGCUUACCAUUCUAUUACAUCUCUAUUAGAUAUUAUAGUUCCAAUCUUGGCUACUUCAACAUCUCCUGUAUUAAAAAUUGGUAAUAAAAUUAAUAUAAGAAUAAGUGGAGAUGGAAGAAAUGUGGGGCGCAAGCAAAAACAUGUUAUGCUUACUAUGUGCAUUAUUAAUGAAGGUGAAAUGGUUUUGAAUCCUACACAUCAAUACAGCAUUUGCUUAUAUAUAGGAAAAGAAUCUUAUGAUUCCUUGUCUACAGUAUCAGCCAUAUUUUCACAAGAACUUGAACAAUUAAAAACAAAUGGAUAUAAGGCUUCAAAUAAUACAAUUUGGCCAGUUGAAUUUUUUUUUCAGAUGAAAAGACUUCACAUUCAUUUUGAAUUCUAUCUGCCUACUACAAAAAAUGGAAAAUGGGAGUGGACAUCUCUUAUGGCUUUACAAAAUAAUUCGCCAAAAUCAAUAACAGAUUUGGAAAUUGACCAGUUUGAAGCUGACGCAAAACAGUGGAUUCAUAAUUUUUGUCGUCCUACUAUUGGUACUAUGAAUAGUGCUAAUCAGCAACAGGGAAUAGUUACAGAUUUAUUUAAUAAUCAAAAUAUUAGAGAAGUUAGAAGGGUUCGUAAAGAAUUACAUGACUGGGAUCAUUAUUUUAAAGAACCAUUGAGUAGUGAGCAUUACAAAGCUAGAUGUCAUUACUGUAAUCAAAACUGGUUUAAAGAAAAACCAGAAAUUUUGAAGUCACAUUUAGCAUUGUAUUGUAAAGAUGUUCCACUGUAUAUUAAAACAGAAUAUAUGGAAAUGCUGGCUGUUGGAACUACAUUUACUAUGAAUAGAAAACAAAAAACAGAUUCUGAUUCAUCAGCUGAGCUUACUGCGGAUAGAAAAGAUAAAAUCGAUCAAGCACUUAUACGGUUUUUUAUUUGCUGUGGAAUACCAUUUUCAACCAUUGGUCAUCCUUAUUUUAUUAAUUUUGUUCAAAGUCUCUGUUUUGUUUAUGGUCUUCCUAAAAGAACAACCAUAUCAACAACUUUCUUAAAUCAUGAAACUGCUAUAAUUUUAAAUAAAAUCAAAGAAGAACCCAAAUAUGAAAAAAAUUUAACAUUAGCCUUUUCCCAUGCAUUAGUAGUAUUACAUCUAGGCAACCAAAUUAGUUCCUUAAAGUGCAUGAUGAAGGAAUCCAAAAGUGAUGCCAAAAAUAAAAUGUUUUUUGACUCUGAGAAUCCAAAUAUUUGUUUUGAUAUUUUGGAAAAAUUAGUGUCAAUCUUAGCUUCCAAGGCCAGUGAGCAAAAAUCAAAAAAUUUUUUAUCAUCAUGUUGUGUUCCUAGUAUCACUGGUCAAAAACUAAUCAGAUAUGUACCUGAUAUGUGUAGUAUUAAUGCUGAAAAUCGGGUACCUGAUAUGUGUAAGAUAUGUCCCUCUACUAUGUCUGGUAACUAUGCCAAGAGAGGCCGUGGAAGUCAUAACCCUAACAGUAGGAAAGCUUCCCGUCAAGAACAAAAAAAUAAUAACAACUCCGAUAAUUCAAGCUCCGAUGGUGAAAACACUAUCCAGCAGAAACGUAAUCGUACGAUUACCGAAAAUUCUAUGGAAGAAGACUACGUUGCCGAUGACCAGACGGCUGACGUUGGAGUAGAUGGACCUUCCUAUUCUCCUCAACAAAAUAUCUCUGGCGAAAAUACUUUGGCCUCCUCCCAGAAAAAAUCUGCUGCGCCAACUGCGACCAGUCACGUAGCGUCUUCUGGAAAUGUGGACGCGUCCAUGCAUGCACCUUCAAACAAAGACUUGCAACAACCCCCUAACACGUCGCCCAAUUUGGAUACUAAUGGUGCUCCUGAUGGCGAUCAAACCCCAGAUCCAGUGGUGACCUUUGCCAUAACCAGAGAUGAUUUUCAGGCUGCGGCUGCGCCGAAUGCUGCCCCUGAAUCACUCAAGAAAUUCCCUACCAAUAAAGCCCUUAUUGAGGCUGUGAAUAACCUUUUCUUAGAAACGUACGAGUCAUUCACUGGAAAAGCUCGUAUAACAGGUUCUGGUGAGGCUAAACGCCUCGUUAUCCACUUCCAUACCGCUGAAGCACGCGAACUGUGCGUUGGUUCCUCUCAUCCUGAGUUCCCUGACUUGAUUUUUCAUGCCCAUGACCCUCGCCAACUCCGAUCCAAUGAAGAUCUCCAGGCUAUCCAAGUUACCGAUAUCCCUUUCUUUAUCAAAAAGGACAACCUCAUGGCCUAUUUCAAAAAAUUUAGUAAUAUUACCUCUUGUCGCCUCUUCUCCAGGCCUAAUGCUAAAGUCCAGCAAGCCCGUAUUGUGUAUGAUCACGCCGAUUCAAUUGCUCAUUUUACCGACCAAUGGGCUGUAUACUGUUUCUCCACCUGUCUCCGAAUUACUCCAUGUUUCUAUACUGUGGAUCAAAAGGCUGCGCGCCGUCAAUACGUUGCCACCCUCACUCAACUUCCUCCCAAUGAAAUAUGCAAUAAGCCUACUUCACGUAUUUCUGGUACAAUACUUUUUGGGUUUGACAUAAGUUUUCUGCAACAACUUUGUGAAACAAUUGCCCAACAAUCACCUAUUACACCAGCUAAUCGCAAACGACCCUUUAAUGAACUUACAUCAAGAUCACAAAAAAAUAAGCGAAUUUCAAUGGUUGGAAAAGAUAUUGCAGCACAAGCUAUGAAAAUUCUUAAAGAAAAUAGAUUUACAUCUACAUCUAGUGUUCUGAAAAAAAUCCGAUCUGAUUCGUAUCCGCAGAUCUGA